CCACGUUGAGCUUCCGCACUAGCUUCGAUCUUGCUCUGUCACGAUUAGGUAGUAUGGCUUAGUUUCUGUAUAUAUAGCCUAAUAUCUGCAAGGAGCUAUCGACUGAUACGAUCUGCAACCAUCUACAUUCACCCUGGAUAUAUCAAACGACACGACUGAAAGUACCUAAAUACUCCAGUUCUACUAAUCUUGGACGACUGAUCAAUAUGGCACAAAAAGCGGCAAAAACCCUCGCGACUCGAAAUGCCUCCCUCUUACUCCGUACUCAUAUAACUACUUUCUGUCUUCAUGCUGCCUUCCUCCUUCUCCACUGGAUAUUCAACCGCCCACGCUCUUUAACGCCUUAUGUUGUCUUUGCAUGUCCGACUCUAGCUAUCGAAUUCUAUCUCGAUCGUUUGGGCCGCCCACGCUAUAAUCCCGCCGAUGGCUCACUUCGCUCCCCUGGAGAGGACCUUGGGGCGGCCGGUUUAACAGAAUAUAUGUGGGAUGUCUUGUAUUGGACGUGGGGCUGUAUUGGCGCGGUCUGUGUCUUUGGCGAUCGCGCCUGGUGGCUAUGGAUUGUGGUGCCCUUGUAUUCCGUCUGGUUGGCAUAUACCACUUUCACGGGAAUGAAGAGCGGACUUUCCGGGAUGGGCGGAACAGAGCCAGCUGUUGCGGAGAGUAAGAGGCAGAAGAAGAUGGAGAAAAGGGGAGGCCAGCGAGUACAGUAUCGAUGAUCUGUUGCACUCGACUAUUGCAUGUACAUUAUGGGCUAUCUCAUCGCUAUGAGCAAAUUGGGUACGAUAUCUUCACAUGUUGGACAGAAAUAGUAUGAAGAAUGUGUUGAAUUACGUUUUCCAUAAAUGUACGAUAAUGACGUGCACACAUAUAGACUUACAAAACCACGGGUGCGCUAGUUUAUACAACAAUCAUUAGGCUU